AUGGAUCCCAUUCGUGAAGGAAGCCAUUCAAUGGGUGCUAUUUUUGGAGGUCUCAGUGCUGGUAGAUUACAAACAAUGUUUGGUAGAAAGAACGUGUUAAUUUAUAAUUCUUUUACUUGGAUAAUCGGUGGUGUACUUCUCGGUGCGUCCGUAAAUCCAGUAAUGUUUAUAUGCGGACGUAUUAUUACUGGGAUUGGAACCGGUGUUGGUUCUGCCGUUAUUCCGAUAUAUUUGGGUGAAAUUUCGACCAUAAAGUCACGUGGACUAGUUGGUUCUGUUUAUCAAGUUUCUGCCGUGACUGGAGGAGUUGCUUCUCAACUUGUUGGUUUAUCAUUAUCAUUUAUUCCUGGCUGGCGCAUUCUCCUAACUCUGACGUCAGUAAUUGCAAUCUUCCAAUUGGUGGUAAUGCCUAUAAUGGGAGUGGAAUCUCCAAGAUAUUUAAUUUCACAAAAUAAAUUUGAUGAAGCGAAAGUGACAUUACAAAAAUUAAGAAAGGGAUAUAAUAUUGAUUUAGAAUUUGAAGAAAUUAUUCAGGGACAAUCCGAAAAACAGAUUAAUGUGAUUAAUGAUAAUAAUAUCGAGAAAGGUGAAAAAUAUAUACAAAGUUCUCUUGUUGACACUGAUAAUCAACUUGAAAUAAGGCAAUCUGCUUCAUUUAAAGAACUUUUGCAAGAUUCAUAUUGUCGCAGGAUGUUUUUCGUUUGUAUUGGAACACAUCUUGCACAACAACUUAGUGGUAUCCAAGGAAUAGUCGUUUAUAGUACUGCAAUUUUCUUAAAUGUCAUGGGUGAUUCGGCAAAAUACGUAUCGAUAAUCAUAAGCGGCACAACCCUGAUAGUUACAUUAAUAUCAACAUUUGUUAUAGAUAAAGUAGGAAGAAGACCAUUAUUAUUAACAUCUGAGAUUGGUGUUACCAUGUGGGUUCGCUAUGAAAUCCAAAUACUUAUAAUCUCGGCCGUUCAUAAGACCGAAUCACGAUUCCAAAAAUUCAAUAUGGGGUUGCGAUUUGAGCUUCUGAGUAAUCGAGAUUAUAGAAAAGUAUAUAGCUUUUCUGAUAAAUUUUCAUUGGUUUUCAAAGUUUUACUCCAUGUUACUACUUUUGGUAUCGCUCUUGGAAGUUUACCAUUCUUUAUCAUCUCAGAGGUUAUACCAACACGUUUCGUAAGCUUGGUCGGUUCAAUAUGUUUAGGUACAAAUUGGACCUUAAAUUUUCUUGUAUCCUUCAUAUUUCCUGUUAUGAAAGAGGCUUUAAAAGAAUAUACUUUUCUCGUAUUUGGCGUAAUUACCUUUUGCUUUGUGAUCCUUACCUGGAUUUUUGUUCCGGAGACUAAGGGAAAAAGUAUCGAAGAAACAACUUCAAGAAAAUAA